AUGGUUCUGAGCCAAUGCUUUGUCAGUCCUGAAGAGGACCAAGACCAAAGUGAAGGUCUGGUUUCAUGGGCUGGGCACAUUCCAUGGUCACCUUUUGUUCUGGUAAGAGAAAAAGAUUUUGAUCCAAAGAGUGUGUCACUGAACAAUCACACAAUAACAAGUCCAACCCAAAUGAGAAAAACAUGUGGGUUCGUUGCUCAAGACGACAAUCUCCUUCCUCUCCUAACAGUAUACGAGACAUUGAUGUUCAGUGCCAAGUUUAGACUCAAAUCAAUGACUCCAAAACAGAGAGAAGACAGGGUUGAAGCUCUGAUGCAUGAGCUCGGCCUCUUUCAUGUCGCUGAUAGCUUCGUUGGAGACCAUGACAAGAGAGGCAUAUCGGGUGGAGAGCGAAAAAGGGUAUCCAUUGGAGUUGAGAUGAUCAAUGAUCCUCCCAUUCUGCUCCUCGAUGAGCCCACCUCUGGCCUCGAUAGCUCGUCAGCUUUGCAAGUCAUCGAGUUGCUUUCAUCAAUGGCAAAAUUGAAGCGAAGGACGAUAGUUUUGUCUAUUCACCAACCGAGUUUUAGGAUUCUUGAGUGCAUUUCCAAGUUCUUGAUUCUGUCCGGGGGCUCUGUAGUACAUGACGGUUGCCUUGAAUCGCUUGAGGACGCGAUAAAUGAUCUGGGUUUUAAGAUUCCGGUCCAACUCAACCCUCUUGAGUUUUCCAUGGAAAUUAUAUCCGUAUUGGAAGAUUCAAAAUCAGACAAACCAACACAUCUGUCUAACAGAGUAGACAAAAAACAAAAGCUCAACGUUUUGGAGUUUUCCAUGAAAAUCAUAUCUGCAUUAGAAGAAGAUUCAAAUUCAGAAGAAUCAAGACUCGACAGAACGUUCUCACGUGGAGUGGGACUCACACAUCUAUCUGACAGAAAAGAACUAGAAGUCAAUGCUUUGGAAUUGAAAAAUUCAAAUUCAAAUUCAAGACGACUAGACAGAACAUUUUCACGUGGAAUAGGAUCCACACAUCUGUCUCACAUGAAAGACAUAGAACCAAAUCUUAAUGCACUGGAGUUGGAGUGUUCCAUGGAAUUGAAAGAUUCAAAUUCAGGACGAGAUAGAAUCUUCUCACGUGAAGUGGAACGAACACAUCUGUCUGACAGGAAAAACAACGAAAACCCAAAUUCCUCCUGCUUCAUAUGGCAAGAAGAGACUUCCAACAAACAUAGGACUACUUGUUUCCAGAUCCUGUUUGAAAUUUGGGUACUUUGUGAGAGAUUCUGGAAGAUAAUUUACCGAACGAAACAACUGUUCUUGGCGAGGACGAUGCAAGCGAUUGUCGGAGGAUUUGGACUAGGAAGUGUAUACAUCAGGUUGAAGAACGACGAAAAUGGAGUCGCACAGCGGUUAGGUCUAUUCGCAUUCAGUCUUAGUUUCCUUCUUUCUUCCACAGUCGAAGCUCUCCCGAUAUACCUUCAAGAGCGAUGCGUUUUGAUGAAAGAAGCGUCGCGAGGCGCUUACAGAGUUUCUUCUUACAUGAUUGCUAACACCAUUGUGUUUCUCCCCUUCUUAUUUGCUGUAGCACUUCUUUUUGCUGUACCGGUUUAUUGGUUAGUUGGGCUCAAUCCUUCUGUUUCUGCUUUCGCUUUCUUCGCCUUCGUGGUUUGGUUGAUCGUGUUGAUGGCCAGCUCUUUAGUACUGUUUCUCAGCGCGGUUUCGCCAGAUUUUAUCUCUGGGAAUUCACUCAUCUGUACUGUUCUUGGAGCUUUUUUUCUCUUCUCAGGCUAUUUUAUUCCCAAAGAGAGCAUACCCGGAUAUUGGAUCUUCAUGUACUACGUUUCUCUUUACAGGUACCCUUUGGAUUCACUGCUCAUAAAUGAGUAUUGGAGUAUGAGAGAGUAUUGUUUCUCAUCAAACCCUCAAGAUCAGUCUCAAUGUUUGCUAACUGGGAGUGAUGUUUUAAAGAAUAAGGGACUUGAAAAGGACACAAGAUGGCUCAAUGUUGGAAUCAUGUUUGGUUUCUUCUUGUUUUAUAGAUUGCUUUGUUGGAUAAUUCUUGUUCGUAGGGUUUCAAAAACAACAAUAUAACAAUCUCAAAAAUUAUCAAACAAUUAAUUAUGCAUUUUUAGUGUUAUAUUGAUCAAUUUGGACAUAGAAAUACGUAUGCAAAAUUUUCAAUAGAGAUUGAUCACUUGUAAAAGAUACAUAGAUAUUUGUUUGAUGUAAUAUUUUGUACAGUUUGGAUGGAGAUCCAUCGCUUAAAUAUGGCAUAAAUGAGAGUUAUUGAAGUA